GAAAUGACCAGGUGCAAUAACUCCACUGUGACUGAGUUUGUCCUGGAAGGAUUAACAAACCGGCCAGAACUCCAGCUGCCUCUAUUCUUCUUGUUUCUAGUUAUCUAUGGGGUCACUGUAGUGGGGAACCUGGGCAUGAUCCUCUUGAUCACUUUUAACUCUAAGCUCCAAUCCCCCAUGUACUUUUUCCUUGGUAAUUUGUCAUUCUUAGAUCUCUUUUAUUCCUCAGUUGUUACCCCCAAACUCCUGGGAAACUUUGUAUGGGAGAAAAAUGUUAUUUCUUAUCCUGGAUGUAUGACCCAGCUCUUCUUCUUUUGUGUUUUUGCUAUUGGAGAGUGUUUUAUGCUCUCUGCCAUGGCGUACGACAGAUAUGUAGCUAUCUGUAAUCCUCUGCUGUACAGUGUCACCAUGUCCCAGAAGGUUUGCAAUGUCUUGGUGAUUGGGGUUUACACUGUGUCCACAUUGGGAGCCUUAGCCCAUACAGUUGCCAUGACUAGGGUCUCCUUCUGUGGGGACAAUGUCGUCCACCAUUACUUCUGUGACAUAUUUCCUCUUCUUAAGCUUGCCUGCUCCAGCACCCACAUAAAUGUGCUUCUUGUCAUACUUGUUGGUGGAUUCAAUUUAUUGACUACAACUUCAACCAUCUUUAUCACUUAUGUUUUUAUUAUUGUAAGCAUUCUUCGAAUCCCUUCCGCUGAAGGCAGGUCCAAAGCCUUUGGUACCUGUGGCUCUCACCUUACAGCAGUUGGCGUCUUUUAUGGCUCUCUGAUAUUUAUGUAUUUUAAGCCAUCUGCCAGCACCAGCAGCAUGGCCCAGGAAAAGGUGGCCUCUGUGUUUUAUACCACAGUCAUCCCAAUGUUGAAUCCCUUGAUCUACAGCUUGAGAAAUAAAGAUGUGAAGAAUGUGCUCAGAAAAGUCAUGGGGAUGAGAUAA